GAUAGAUUCUCAUUGACUAGCGUAGAACAAAAAUAAUAAGCAACAAUUUUGCAAAUCAGCUCAAUUGUUGUAGGUAUCGCUUAAUAAAGAGUCAUUGAAAACAAAAUAAUAAACUACAUAAAAAAUGUCGGUGCGUCACGAUUGGUAUCAGUCCGAAACAAAGGUGGUGGUAACGGUUAUGUUGAAGGAUGCAGUUGGCAAAAAUUACAAAGUUGAUAUCCAGCCGGAACAUUUAAACAUGACAGCCGAUGGUUAUGAACUUGACCUGCAGUUAUAUCGUCCGGUUGAUGUUAGUAAAUGCUCGCACAAAGCUUAUUCAACUAAAGUGGAAAUAACGUUAGCAAAGCAAGUUGGCGAACGAUGGGAAAGCUUAGAGAAGAAGGAGCUCCCACCACCAACAGCUGCGCCACCACCGCUUCACAAAAAGGACUGGGACAGUUUGGCUAAGGAAGUGGAAAAGUCUGAAGAAGAGGACACCAAAAGUGAAGAAGCGUUAAAUCGACUUUUUAAGAAAAUCUAUUCUUCAUCAUCUCCAGAGGUACAGAAAGCAAUGAACAAGUCGUUUUCCGAAUCUGGUGGCACUGUGCUAAGUACAAACUGGCAAGAGGUAUCCAAAGAUAAAGUUGACAUUAAACCACCAGAAGGUGCGGAAUUUAAAAAGUGGGAUUAGUCGCAUAGCGAAAAAUAUGGCUCGACAAACACAUAUGGAUUGGCCUUUGCAUCACUUUAAUUUAUCAUUUAUUUAUAACGAAAUUCAUGGAAUAAAAAAUUUUAUAGUAACAUUUACUUAUCGUUUCCAAAGCA